UUGUGGCAAAGUAGGUACCUCAAAGAAAUUUCACAUGCCCUGGAAAGGUGUAUUCAGAGUGGUAAAAAUAGAUGGAAUUUAUGUUACUAUAGUUAGUUGUAAUGCUCCGAGUGCGAUACCGAAGGUUGUUCAUAUAAACCAGUUAAAGAAGUGCUUUGAAGACUUACCACCGAUAGUAACAGUCCCAGAAUUAACUCAAGAUGAGGAAAAAGCAAUUAAUGACUCAAACAGUCAGGAACCAAUUACAACCACUCCAAUAGAGGAGAAUUGUCCUGAAGAUAAUAUUAGUAGGGAACCCAAUGAGAAAAGGUACAACCUCCGUAGGAAUCCCAAAGCCAGAAGGCUCUCAAUAGAAUAA